AUGGGACGACUCCAGUGUCCACUGUUACUGAUUGUUGGUGAAGACGAUCAGAGCUGGUGUGCCUACGAGUCUGCAAUGGAUAUAAAGGAGAUGAUGGAGCGAGCGGGGAACAGCCACCUGCUGACUCUCCUGUCCUACCCAAACACAGGUCACCUGAUUGAACCACCAUACUCGCCACAUGCCCGAGCUAGUAUUCUUACAGAUCUUACAAAACAUUAAAAAAGUAUGGUGUUGUGGGGAGGACAGACUCUGGAACAUUCUCGAGCUCAGGAGGACUCUUGGAAGAAGAUUUUGGUCUUUCUGAGAGAGAAUUUGUACGGCGGCACAAAACCUGGUGCAACCUUACUGUCCCAGCUUUAAUUAUCAAGAUGACUUAUAAUUGAUGAAGUUAAACUGAUUUAAUUCUUAUCAGAAGCACUGAUAACUGACUGUAAAAACAAUUUUUAUAAAUAACCAACUUUAAAGACACAUUUUUGGACCAAACAAUGAAAUCAUUAUUUUGCA